AUGUCCUCCCGGGCCCCACAAGCUCCCCAGCGUGGGUACAGCACCGGCAGCGGUAGCAGCAACAUUCAUGUCAACCCGAAGCCAACGAACCCCCCGAGAAACCUUCAUCAUCUAUUACCUAAGGGAGCCGCAGCUUCUAGCGACCGCCAACAACCCUGCAAAAACUGCCUCAAAAAAGCCCGCGAAGACCUCUGCACCUACGCCCCAAAACCAGAAAAAGCCCGCCCCGAGCGGUCCAUGGCUGCCCGCCUGAAAAGGCUAGAGUCCAUGGUCAGGGGCAUGAUGCACACCAACAACCCCAACAUCCGUGGUCCCAUCCCGGCGCUUACAUCCUCUUCUUCAGCCACUGGCCAGUAUCAAACCGACGAGCACGACGAUGAAACCGAGGAAAGCCCAGAUGAAAGAGCAGCGGCGGUCCCUGUUGGGCAGGUCGUGCUGGGGAAGAGCGGCAAGGGGAGUGCUACGUAUGUAGGGGCGACGCAUUUCAUGGCUAUGCUCGAGGAUAUCGAGGACCUGAAGAGUUACUUCGACGACGACGAUGAUGGGGAGGCAGACACCGGGGAAGCAAGCCUCGACCCUGACGCGGCGGCAGGGUUCGGCUCUCCCGACGACGCGCACUCACCUGGCUUGCUGCUGUUGUCUCACACCGUCCCGACCUGCAAGCAGGAUCUCGUCGAUAUGCUCCCCCCUCAACCGGUGGUCGAAAGGCUGACACGGCGUUAUUUCGAUGCUGCCAGCCCGACCCACCACUGCGUCCACCAGCCGACCUUUGCCAAAGAUUGUGCUGUGUUUUGGCAAGAUCCGAACAAGGCGUCUCUGCAAUGGCUGGCGUUGUUGUUCGUAAUCAUUGCACAGGGAACGUCGUUCUCCAUGUUCACCGCCCCCCGGGAACUGGCGGGCGACUCGGACGUUCCCCCGAUGGAGCGAUUCCGAAGGUAUCGUGCCGCCGCCCUUUGGGCCCUGGUGGCAGGCAAGUUCUCGUCUCCCGGACCGUCAACGAUACAACCUUUUCUCUUGUACAUCGAGUCUGAAUUCCUCAUCAACCGAACCUCCCAGAUGACCUGUUACCUGUUGAUAUCAGUCUGCAUCAGACUCAUGCUGAGAAUGGGCCUCCACCGCGACCCCGACAAGCUCCCCAACAUCCCCCCUUUUGAUGGAGAAAUGAGGCGAAGGCUAUGGCAUGUAGCCUGCCAAUUCGACCACCUCGUCUCUUUCCACAUGGGCCUCCCAAGCAUGGUAUACAGCAUCGAGAGCGACACAGCCCCGCCCAGAAACCUCUUCGAUGACGACCUGGACAAAGACUGCCAUCAGCUACCCCCCGCCCGGCCCGACACCGAGUACACCAUGCUGACAUACCCGAUCUGGAAAUCCUCCAUCUGUCAAGUCUUCGGUCUCGUCGCCCGCCAAGCCAACUCCCUCACCCGACCCACCUACGCCGAGAUCCAGGAGCUCGACAUGCGACUCGACGAAAUAUGGAGCCAGGUGCCCCCUUUCAUGAAGAGAAUCGUGCCACCACAGGAUUAUGAUGGCGAGCCCAUCUCCCCGGUUCUGGUCAACCAGCAGUUCGGUUUGAUAUCCCUGUACAACAAGAGCCGUUGCGUGCUGCACCGUCGAUACCUCAUCGAGCCCGUCCCUAAGCCCGAGCAUGCUUAUUCCAGGAGAAUCUGCCUCGAAGCCGCCAUCAGCCUCCUGGACCACCAAAACCUCAUGCACCUGGCCACGCUGCCCGGCGGCGGACUGAGGGCAACAGGCUGGUACAUCAGCGCGCUGGCCAUCCACGACUUUCUCCUCGCCGCCAUGGUCGUCUACCUCGUCCUUCAGCACGGGCCAGAGUCUGGGAGACACGACCACCAGGAGAGCAGCUGCUGGCCAAGUCUAGACCCGGCCUUGUCAGCCUUCUCGAACGAGGAGCAACUCCAAAAGAUGUUGGAGAGGUCCCAUCAGAUAUGGGAAACCAUCUCGGAAGCUGACGGCGUCUUCCGGAAGGCGACUGACAUGCUCGCCACGAUGCUGAAGAAGAUUGAACUGAAGAAGCAGCAGAACAAAGGCAAACAGCUCGCACCUGACCAGCACCACCCGGAACAUCAGCCGUACGUGCGAGACGAGGACUCUUGGCUCAACACAUCGCAAAGCCAUGAGCCCUUGUCCGUCGGCAGCCUCUCUGUGACCGGGGAGCAGCAGCACCACAUGAUGGAGGAUGUGCAGCAGCCCCUGACGCGGCAAGAUCUCAUGCCCGCAUCAUCAAUCGAUACUCGAUGGCUCGACCUGGGCAGUAUGGGGAUGGACCAAAUGGGCUGGGACACAUUUGAUAGCGCCAUCCGUGGUGAAAAUAACGUGCAUCAGCAGACGGUGGAGGACUGGAUACCAGAGGGUCCCUUGUUGGACGAUGUUCAGUUGAUGACCACCAUGGGCUUUCACGGCAGCCCGUUUGACUGGAGAGAGCAGGAGGAAGGGUAUGAAUGUUGA